AUGGCUCCGGGUAUGGCGCACACUCCAAGCCAACCCGGCGCGACUCCGGGCGGCAUACCGCACCAGCUGGUUGGACACAUGGGGGUGUCAGGGCCGAGCCCUCAGAUCAGUGCUGCGACUCUCAUGGGAGGCGUGCCGCCAGGGAACCCGAACGCGCAUGCGAUGCAACACUUGAGCCCGGCACAGGCCCAAAUGUUCCACCAUCCCCAGAUGGCCCAGAUGUAUAGCAAUAACCCGGCACUUCAGCAGCAAAUGCAACAGCAACACAGGCUGCAGGUUUUGCAGCACCAGCAGCAGGCGAGGCAGGCCCUGAUGGCGCAGCACAAUAUGUACCAGAACAUAGGAGGCGUGGGAAACGGACAGAUGGGUGUGCCCAUUGGCCAGAUGAACCCUCAACAGGCUGUUCAUAUGGCGGCGCUGAGAAGAGCGAUGCCGGUAUCUUCCCCGCUUCAUCUCCAGCCUGCACAGAUCGCUCAUCAGCAGCAGGGUCAGCCGAUGAACACACACAUGAUGGCGCAGCAUAUCGCUCUUCAACAACAGCAGCAAAUACAAAUGGGCCAGCAAGCAGGCAACCCGAACCAACACCCUAUGAACCCGCCACAUAUCAACCUGCAGCAGGCACAGAUGGCCGCUCUUCAAGCCCAACAACAAGCGCAGCAAGCUCAGCAGGCCCAGCAGUCCCAGCAGGCUCAUCAACAAGCAGCUCAGCAGGCAGCUCAAGCCGCUCAGGCCCAGCAACAAGGGCCGGGGCAGGCUCAGCAGCCACAACCCCAGCAGCCGCAGCCUCCACCAGGUCAGCCACAGCAAGCGCAACCGCAGGGCCCGCAACCCGGGCACCCUGGGGGGCCAGGCGCGAACGGGCCAGCGCCGACUCAGGGGCCUCCCCCGGGGCAGACGCCGCAACCGAAUACCCAACAGCAGCCCCAGGCGCCGCCUCAGACCCCGCAGACUACCCAAGCACAGAAUCAGGCUCAGUUGGUCGCGCAACUACAUGCGCAAGCGCAACAGCAACAGCAACAGCAACAAGCCCACGCCGCAGGCUUCGCACUAGCCCAGCAGAGCCUGAUGCAGCAGAGGCGGGAGCUGAAGGGCAUGUACCUGCUCAGGUUGAUGCAGUUCAACGAGCACCUGAGUGGGUUUCCGGGAUCAAGAGGCAGGGAUGACCUAGACUAUUGGAACAACUUCGUCAGGCAGUUCUUCUCGCAGAAGGGUGUAUUGAAGCAUGCCAUCCUUAUCAAGGAGAACGACGAACAGAACCAGCAGAAGCAUUACGAGAUUGCGUAUCCCGCCAUCGCCCGGUAUUUCCAUACGCAUUUCGACAGCGGCGUCAAGACGAUGCAGUUGAUUAUGAACAAGGGCACGACAGAGAAGACUAUGCCCAACGAUUGCCACAUGGUCAUAAACGACCAGGCGAGCUUGGUCUAUUGGUUCGAGGGCGGCUCACAUCUCGUUGCGCAAGGUUGCCUCCGUGUCCACUUUGACCAUGACCAGAAGUUCGAUAUCUUCGAGUUUGAGACAACACACCAUGAGGAGUACAUCUCGAGACAACUCGUAAUACAGGCUGCCAGGCCGGCGCACAAUUGGGUCAAGGAGUGGCGUGCUCUCAAUCAGCAGGAUCCCAAACAGUCGCCGGAGAUAAGCAAGAAGAGCAAGCCCAAGCCAGCCAAGGUUCCUGCCGGUGCUCCGCCAGAUCUCGAACUACCCCACUCUUUCGUAAAGAGCACCAUGGGGAUCACCGAGGCUGUGUAUCAGUUCCUUGAGAUGGUUGAGAUCAUGGGCCAAAUGAACCCACUCUUCAAUUAUUACCAUGCCCACCCUGGACUGGCGCCUUACGCCGCGCUCGAUCAGUACGUCAACCAGAUCAACGCCGCAUCUCAGGGCAUGAACGGCCAGCCAAUGCCGCAGGCAGGAGGCCCCAGGACCCCCGGAUUCGGCCAGUUCCAAGUCGGCGCCAGCCCCGCCAUGCCCAACUCGAUGUUGCCGGGAUCGCCGCACGUCGUCGGCAGCCCGGUCCCGGGCCAGAUGGCGGCGCCCGUGAUGCAGCUGCAGGCGAGCCAGCAGGGCACCAACUCGAGCGGGCCGAGCGCCAACACGUCGCCGGCGCAGAACAGCAACAACAAGAGGAGGAGAGCGUCGGCCGUCAAGACGGAAGAGGACAACAACAAUACGCCCGGGGCGGCUUCGGCGCCGACGCCCCAAGCGCCCAUGGGUACGCCGCAGCUGAAUGGAACCCAGAUCAAGGGGAAACAGCCGCCUACGCCCCGGAUGCCGAAACGUCUCAAGACUGGGGGAAAUUAG